AUGGAAGAACCUCAAAAUAAUUGUCAAAUAUUAAAUAACAACAUGUUAUUAUUUAUACAAAAAAAUAUUCAUAUAUUUUUUCAACAAAUAAAUUAUUCUUGAUAAUUAUUUCCUUGUUACAUUAACCUGUCAAAACAAGCCACUUUUAUUAUUAUUUUUUCCAUUGAAAAUAAGAGUAAAAAAUAAAAUAUUUCAUCAUUUAGAUUGUUGUUUUAAGUUUUUUAUUUAUUGCAAAAGAGAAAUCUAUGAUUUAAUUUGUUGUUUUUUAUUUAUUGAUCAAAUUGCUAAUGAACAAAUGAUACUUUGAAAAAUAUGGAUAAUUUAACUCAACAGAUUGAUGAAAUUGAAGCACUAUGUGCAAUUUAUGGUGAUGAUUGGCAUGUUGAAAACGAGGAACAUCGUUCAUACAGUAUUGACAUUGUCAAUGACAAUGAUAAACCUAUAAAAUUAUAUUUAAAAUUACCAGAUGAUUAUCCAUCAUCAUCACCACCUUCCUAUGAACUCUUUGCACCUCACUGGAAUUUUAUAAAAAAACAACAUAUUUAUCAGCUUCUCGACGAGAUUUACUUAUCUUUAGCUGGUGAAAAUGUAAUUUAUCAAUGGGUAGAAAAAAUUCGUGAAGAAUCAACUAAUAAUGAUACUCCAAAGAUGGAAAAAAAUAUAGAAAAUAAUGAUGAUACCUUAGUUGAGUUAAAAAAUACUGAAAAAAAUAAUAAUGACGAAAAAUGUCCAGAUAUUUAUCAUGGAGAAGUUAUUGUUGUUAAAAAAAGUUCAUUUCAAGGUCAUGCUGCUAGAGUUAAUUCACCAGAUGAUGUCAAACUUGUGCUGAAAAAUCUUUUGGAGAAUAAGAAAAUCGAAAAUGCAACUCAUAAUACAUAUGCAUAUCGAAUAACGAAUGAAGAAAAAAAAAUAUCAUUUCAAGAUUGUGAUGAUGACGGUGAAAAUCAAGCUGGUGGGAGAUUACUACAUUUACUUCAUAAUGUUCAUGUUACAAAUGUCAUUGUUAUUGUGUCAAGAUGGUAUGGUGGCAUCAAACUUGGCCCAGAUCGUUUUCGUCAUAUAAAUAACUCAGCUCGUCAAGUGCUUGAAGUUGCAAAUUUUUUAUCAAAAAAUAAAGAUAGUAAAAAAUAAAUACAUAUUAUUUAUUU